AUGUUUGAAGAAGAAAUACGGUUUUUACGUAAAAUGAGCAAGCGCCAGCUUGCGCAACAAAUUUUAAACUUCCUAAUGAUUGUUUCUUCCGCGUUAAUGGUAUGGAAAGGUUUGGCACUUUAUACAAAUAGCGAAAGUCCGAUAGUAGUGGUUUUGAG